AUGACAGCCGUGUGCGUGGACGGCGGCGGCCCGGUGAGCCCGCCCUGCGCCCGCUGGGACCGGCGGGGCAGCGUGGAGAGCGGCUGCCCCACGGAGGGCAGCCAGGAGGAGGCCGAGGGGCCGGCCCGCCGGCUGACGCCCUUCGAGAGGCUGACCCGGGACAUGGCGCAGGACGACAAGGUGGUGAGGGAGAUCACGCUGGGCAAGCGCAUCGGCUUCUACCGCAUCCGCGGGGAGAUCGGCAGCGGGAACUUCUCCCAGGUCAAGCUGGGGGUCCACUCCCUGACCAAAGAAAAGGUGGCCAUUAAGAUCCUGGACAAGACCAAGCUAGACCAGAAGACCCAGCGGCUGCUCUCGCGGGAGAUCUCCAGCAUGGAGAAGCUGCACCACCCCAACAUCAUCCGCCUGUAUGAGGUCGUGGAGACCCUGUCCAAGCUGCACCUGGUGAUGGAGUACGCGGGGGGCGGGGAGCUCUUCGGGAAGAUCAGCACCGAAGGGAAGCUCUCGGAGCCGGAAAGCAAGUUCGUCUUCUCCCAGAUCGUGUCUGCUGUGAAGCACAUGCACGAAAACCAGAUUAUCCACAGGGACCUGAAGGCGGAAAACGUGUUCUACACCAGCAGCGCCUGCGUGAAGGUGGGCGACUUCGGGUUCAGCACAGUGAGCAGGAAAGGGGAGGUGCUGAACACGUUCUGCGGGUCCCCGCCCUACGCCGCCCCCGAGCUCUUCCGGGACGAGCACUACGUGGGCGUGUACGUGGACAUCUGGGCCCUGGGGGUGCUCCUGUACUUCAUGGUGACGGGCACCAUGCCGUUCCGGGCGGAGACCGUGGCCAAGCUGAAGAAGAGCAUCCUCGAGGGCGCGUACAACGUGCCCCCCGACAUGUCGGAGCCGUGCCUCCGCCUCAUCCGGGGCGUCCUGCAGCCCACACCCUCGGAGCGGUACGGGAUCGAGUCCAUCAUGAACCACGAGUGGAUGCAAGGGGUGCCCUACCCCGCCCCUCUGGAGCCUUUCCAGCUGGACCCCAGACACUUGUCAGAGACCAGCACCCUCAAAGAGGAAGAAAAUGAGGUCAAGAGCACGCUGGAGCAUCUGGGUAUCACCGAGGAGCACAUCCGGAACAACCAAGGGCGGGAUGCCCGCAGCUCCAUCACGGGCGUUUAUCGCAUCAUUCUGCACCGGGUCCAAAGGAAGAAGGCUUUGGAGAGUGCCCCGGCAGUGAUCCUCCCGGACCCUAAAGAUCGGGACCUGAAGAAAGGGUCCCGUGUCUACAGAGGCAUCAGGCACACCUCCAAAUUGUGCUCCAUUUUAUAA